AUGUCACCAAAUCACCUGCGUUUUCCCGCGCUUAUAGUCGGCUACAUGUAUUCAUUGCGAGAUCCGAUUGGCUCGUUUGAAUUUGUUCGCGCAUUGCGAUUGGUCCGGCAGAGGAAUAACCUUGGUUUGAGAUAAAACCCCUCAAACUCUACUUUCUGUGGCAUAACGAAUCCGUUUUAAUACUAAGAUACUGUAUACGGCUUUUGGUAUGUUUAACGUUUUGGUGGGUCUUAGUAUAUCCUUUUUCUUUCUUUUCUUUUUUCCUCUACCGACUUUUAUUUUAAAUGUGUAUUCCAGAAAUUCAUGGAUAAAAAUUGAUAAAAUAGAAACAAAUGAUCGUCAAGCAACACAUAUCUGUUGA